GCCAUCCCGGCGCCCCGCGCGCUCCCGCUCCUUCCGGCGCGGCGCCAUCGGCGGAGCGGCAGACAUGGCGAUCCGCUACCCCAUGGCCGUGGGCCUCAACAAGGGCUACAAGGUGACGAAGAACGUGUCCAAGCCCAGGCAGUGCCGCCGCCGCGGGCGCCUGACCAAGCACACCAAGUUUGUGCGAGACAUGAUCAGGGAAGUUUGUGGCUUCGCACCAUACGAGAGACGUGCUAUGGAAUUGCUGAAAGUUUCCAAAGAUAAACGUGCUCUGAAGUUCAUAAAGAAACGGGUUGGCACUCACAUCCGGGCCAAGCGAAAACGGGAAGAACUCAGCAACGUCCUGGCAGCCAUGAGGAAAGCUGCUGCAAAGAAGGAUUGAGUUGUACGGUCUGUAACUCAAUAAAGCCCUUUCUCACAAAUA